AUGUGGAAACUCCAUUUAUCGUGGGAUGAACCUGUUAGUGAUGAGAUUGCUAACAAAUGGAAGAUUUUCCGAAAUGAUUUACAUCUUAUUCAACAAUUAAAAAUACCGAGAUUUGUUUUGAUUCCUGACGUGAACUAUAUUGAUAUCUGUGCUUUUUGUGAUGCCUCCGAGAAAGGCUACUGUGCAGCAAUUUAUUUGCGUUCAGUGUCACGUAAUUUGGACAUCAAAGUAACACUCUUAACAUCAAAAACAAGAGUUGCCCCUCUGAAAGUGCAAUCAUUACCUCGAUUAGAGUUAUGCGCCGCAGUUUUGUUAGUGAAUUUGCUUAAAUCAGUGUUAGAACAUUUAGAGUUUCCUAUACGUAAAGUUUUGGCCUGGAUAGAUUCAACUGCUGUACUGUCCUGGAUUUCUGCAGAACCAUAUCGUUGGGUUCCCUUUAUUGCAAACCGCGUUGCUAAAAUACAGAAUACAAUUCCUAAUGAAAAUGACAUUUUUAAACGGUACUCAUCUUGGACAAAAUUACGUCGUACAGUUACAUUAUGCCUAAGAUUUAUUUACAACUGUCGAAACUUUUCCGAAAAUCGUUUGAGAGGUUUUCUGACAACCGAUGAGCUUCGAUUAGCUACAAAAACAGUGAUAAAAAAUGUCCAAGAAUCAUAUUUUCCUCAAGAGCUCUCUUAUUUAAAAACAUCGAGAGAAUUAAAAGGUGUGAGCAGCCGAGUAAUACAAUUAACUCCCUUCCUUGAUGAAGAAGGCGUCAUUCGAGUAGGUGGUCGCUUAAAAAAUGCAAACAUUCCUGAAAAUAGCAAACAUCCUAUUUUGCUUCCAAAGGAAGGACAUGUCACUAAUCUCAUCGUAACUCAUUACCAUGUCAAUUAUUUGCAUGCUAGUCAAGAGUUAUUAAUAAGCACUUUACGAAUGCAGUUUUGGAUUCUUGCGGUGAGAAGCGUAGUGAGAAAGAUUAUUCACAGAUGUAUUCCUUGUAUUAGAAAUCGAGGCAAGACUGUAACCCAGAUAAUGGGUGAUUUACUCUCGCCCAAAGUUCAACCAUCAAGACCUUUUGCAGUCACCGGUGUUGAUUAUGCUGGUCCAUAUUCUAUUAAGUCCCAAGUUGGGAGAAGAACAAACACUUUCAAGUGUUACGUAUCCAUUUUUGUGUGUUUCUCAACAAAAGCUGUACACUUGGAGUUAGUCAGUGAUCUAUCAACUUCAAAGUUACAGACUGUGCAACAUUUUUGGAAACGAUGGUGUGCACAAUAUUUAACACUUCAACAACGUGCUAAGUGGUUUCGUGCGUCUCCAAAUCUAAAAUGUGGUGAUUUAGUUCUGAUCAAAAACGAACAACUGCCUCCAAACCAAUGGAAAAUUAGAAGAAUUCCCUUAAUUCAUCCAGGUAGCGAUAAAAAAGUUCGAGUGGCUACAAUCCAUACAGCCGCUGGUGAUUUCAAACGAGCUGUUACUAAAUUGUGUCUUAUCCCCAAUCAUGACUAA